UUGGUCAGAAUGGUAAAGAACACAAUAGACUGUCCGUAGCUGAUCAGACCUCCUUCAAUGUGUUCGAUCUCAUGAUGAUCUUGAGCAUCAUCAUAGCCUUCUUCUAUCUCCCCACAUAAAAAAAAUCUCUAGAGUUUUCAAGCUCGAUCCCAUCAUCAUCAUCCAUGGCCUCCUCCCAAGCUAUCCUUCUCCUUCAGAAACAACUGAAAGAUCUAUGUAAGCAUCCUGUUGAUGGAUUCUCAGCUGGACUCGUGGACGAGAAGAAUAUAUUCGAGUGGAACGUUACCAUCAUCGGACCUCCAGAUACUCUCUAUGAAGGAGGAUUCUUUAACGCUAUUAUGAGCUUCCCUCAGAAUUAUCCUAAUAGCCCACCAACUGUUAGGUUUACUUCAGAUAUGUGGCAUCCUAAUGUUUAUUCUGAUGGUCGUGUUUGCAUUUCGAUUCUGCAUCCUCCUGGUGAUGAUCCAAGUGGUUAUGAGCUUGCUAGCGAGCGUUGGACACCUGUUCACACUGUUGAGAGUAUUAUGUUGAGUAUUAUAUCUAUGCUUUCUGGUCCCAACGAUGAGUCUCCUGCAAACGUUGAAGCUGCUAAAGAGUGGCGUGAGAAGAGAGACGAGUUCAAGAAGAAGGUGAGCCGGUGUGUGAGGAAGUCUCAAGAAAUGUUAUGAGCAACUCCGAGCUUUCUGCAUUUCUGAUGAUAUCUCUAUGGAGUUUCAUCAAAGUUGCGUCAUGUUCCCUUAUCUGAAAACCCUUCAAAACUGUCCAAACACAACCUGGUUUACAUCUUCUUUUUUUUGUUGCGUUCGGAAUCCAGAUCGUUCUGAAAAGUGUUGUUGAAUUCUUGGGAAAACUGGUUAUCAUAAUGAUAAAAAAAACACUUUUAUUCGUUAAGAAUAA